AUGACAAAAUCGAUUAUUGUUGGAGUUCUUGCACUUCAAGGUGCAUUUGCUGAACAUAUUUCACAUUUUGAAAAAGCUAGUAAGAUACAUAAUACAAACUUUUCAUUUAUAGAAGUACGUACCGCGGAAGAAUUAGCAGUAUGUGAUGGAUUGGUGAUUCCAGGGGGUGAAAGUACAUCGAUCGCUCUUAUUGCUCAAAGAACUCAUCUAUUAGAACCGUUGAUGGAAUACGUUCGCUCGGAGAAACCAGUGUGGGGCACUUGUGCGGGUCUUAUAUUUCUCUCUAAACAAAUUUCAGAUGGAAGAAUUGGUCAACAAUUACUUGGUGGAAUGGAUAUUCUUGUUAGAAGGAAUGCAUUUGGUCGUCAACUUGCCUCUUUUGAAGCUCCACUUGAUUUUUCAAGUUUCGUACCUGGUGUAACAGAUUUCCCCACAGUAUUUAUUCGUGCACCUGUAGUUGAAAAAAUUUUAGAAAAUGAAAAUGAAAUUUUGGAGAAGUCUGAUCUGUCAAUCAUACAUUCUACUAAUACUUCAUAUUCUAACCCUGCUGAAGUGAAGAUAUUACAUCAAUUGGAUAAUGGUUUAAUAGUGGCAGUGAGACAAGGAUCCAAAUUGGGUACUUCAUUCCACCCUGAACUUUCUGAUGAUACCAGAUUCCAUGAAUGGUUUUUAAAUGAGUUUAUGACUGGAAAGUAG